AUGGGCUUGGACAUCGAGGCUUUGCGAGCAUCCCUGCAGCACAAGCCGUUUCAUGCGAAGGAAAAAGUUGUACUCAAGAUGAUCCAGCAUGUUGAGGCGAUCCAGCUCCAGCAGCAGAGCCUCUUGGCGACCGUUGCAGAAGUCGUCGACCAGAGCUCAGGAUCUUGCAUUCACGCGAAGACGCUGAUGGGCCAAACCGUUCAAGUGGAUGGAAUCGAUGCCAACACAACGAUCGAGCAAGUGAAAGAAGGGAUUCAGCACAAAGAGGGCAUUCCUGCCGAAAUGCAGCAGGUGCUCUACGCAGGCAAGCAGCUGGAGCACAUCCGGGGUGGGACUGAAUUGCACAUGGUCCCGAAUCUCCGAGGGGGCACGUACGACUCAAUUUCCGGUCGUCAGGGUUUCAAGGUGGUCGCAAACAAAAUCGUUUUUGACGAUGGAAAUGAAUGGAACUUCGAUGGAAGCCCAGAGAGCCUGCAGCGAUACAGCGAUCACGAACAGAAGCUGGUCUCCUUCGCCUCCAAGGCUGAGAUGUUAAGUUACUUAGAAUCCUGUCGCAUGGAAGAGCUGCUUCGGCGUUUGGAGCUGGUCCAGUCCAGAGGCCGAGAGGUCGCAAAAGAAGCGGCCCUUUGCCUGUCCAGAAAAGCCUCUCAGAAGACAGAAAAAGUAGCGGACGAGUUUCCACCAGAAGAUCCGCAGUUGGAUGAUGCGCUGCUGGAGCGAAUGCUGAGGCGCCAGGAAGAGCUCCGUUUUGCCCCCGAGACGCUUGAGCGCAUGCGAGCCUGCACAGCUUCGGGUGGAGAGUGGCUUGAUGUCGUCCGCGAUUUGCAGCGCGAGGUUGCGAUCGAAAGCGGGUUCAGGUCUGCAGUCGGGAUUUCCACUGCGGCGAGACGCAUGCAGACAGCCCACACGGUGGCUCCAAAGCUCGCCAAGCUGUCCGUGUAUGCGCGUGCAAAUCUUGCAGAGGAUGGUUUUCUAAAACCAGGCCAGCCACUGCCAGACGUGGCCUUGGUGGACCUUGAUGGCCAGAGCAAGAGGCUGAAGGACUUUUGCGGAGAUCUCACCGUUGUUUGUGCCGGCUCCUGGACCUGA